AGUUAGUUACUUGAAUUGACACAUCUCUAAUAUCAAUAAUUUUUACAUUUCGUUGAUUACUAGAAAAAAUUCUUUCUUCAAUUGUAUAGUCCAUUAAAAAUAUAAACUCAUGAUUCAUUUCAAGGAUAGUAAAAAUAAAUCAGCAUUAAGUACAAGAUGGGCUCAAAUGUCGAAACAAGAGCAAAUAAUCGAAAGAAAAAAGAUGGAGAUCCAAGCAAAGCUAGAGGCUCAGAAACAAGCUACUGCUCUCGCCGCUCAAGCCAAAUUGUCUAACCCUAAAGCUAAGGAUGAGAAAGGAUCAAACAAUAUUUUCUCAAAUGAUGGUAGCUUUAUGAGCCAGUUCAAAGCACUGUUAGAGAAACAAAAACAGGAUAAAAAGGAAAAAGAAGAGAAGGAGAAAGAAAAAAAUAAUGAGGAUGAGAGAAAAGCAGACAAAAUAGCUAAAAUUAAAGAAGAAUGUUCUAGGGAUGAUAAGGAUUAUGAUGAAGGACAGUCUUUUCAUGAUGAUGAUAGAAGAAGACCUAUUGAUAGAGGGCAAAGGGACAAACGGAGAUGGAGCGACAGAGGUCGAAACCGUACACACAGUCCAAUGACUCCAGUUAUUGAAGACAGAAAGCAACUUGUUGAAAACAAAUCUAUCAUACCUUUAAUGCAAAUUCCUAUUAGACCCCCUGAUGACCAAAAUUCUGAAACUAGCCAUAGUGAAUGGAAUAGGCAAGGAGGCCCAAGCUCUGAUGAUGAGUCUGAUAAUGGUAGAAACUUAAUGGGCCCUGGUCCAAUGGCACCCGGAGUUAUAGGUCCUGGACCUAUGGGCCCUGGACCAAUGGGUCCUGGACCAAUGGGUCCUGGACCUAUGGGCCCUGGACCACUGGGUCCUGGACCAAUGGGUCCUGGACCAAUGGGCCCUGGACCAAUGGGGCCUGGAGCAAUGGGUCCUGGACCAAUGGGGCCUGGUCCAAUGGGCCAUGGACCUAUGGGUCCUGGUCCUAUGGGCCCUGGUAUGGGUCCAGGUCCAAUGGGUCCUGGACCUAUGGGCCCUAUGGGUUCCGGCCCGAUGGGACCGGGUUCAAUUAUGGGUCCAGGUCCUAAUAUGCGAUCGGGUCCUAACAUGGGACCGAGUUCUAACAUGGGUCCGGGUCCUAACAUGGGAGGUUCUCCUAAUAUGGGUCCAGGCCCCAUGAUGGGCCCUGGUGGUCCUAACAUGCCUCCGAUGCCUCCCUUUAUGAGACCUCCUAAUUUUCCAAUGCCACCAAAUUUUAUGGGCCCAAAUGGCCCUGGUGGACCUUGUGGGCCUGGUCCUAUGCCUCCCAAUAUGUGUGGUCCUAAUAUGCCCGGACCUGGACCAAAUGGACCUCCAUUUUUCGGUCCGCCGUUUCCUAAUCCGUCGCUUAUGGGUCCAAACGGCCCUCCUAAUUCAAUGAUGCCACCAAAUUCUAUGAAUAAUAAUGGCAGGUCGUUUAUGGGCCCCAGACCUCCUUUUGGUCCCAAUGGCUCAAAUUUUGGACCAAAUGGAAAUGGCCCCCCUAAUGUGCCGUUCAUGCCUCCAAAAUCUAUAGCACAAAAUUCUGUACCCCUACCUACUAUUCCUGAACCUAAGGCUUUAGAUACAGUUAAUAUUCCACCACCUGAACCCUUGAAGCUUCAAAAUAUUCCCCCACCUAUGUCACUCCCUCUUAAUAUACCAAAGCCAAAUGAUAUAGAUCUUGGAAAUAUACCUGUACCACCAAACACUUCUCAAGUUCUCUCUGCAGAUACGUUCCCGCCAUCAGUGCAGCGUGCAGCCAGCGAAGUCGCCUGCAACGGUGACCACUGGGAAAAUGUCCUGAAAGCAAUACACUCACAAGAUCAAACUAUGUGGUUUCUACACAAUACAAACUCUAACGAGUAUAAGGCGUUCAGAGAACUAGUGAUCGAAAUGCGAAAUGAAGGACCCAUGGAUACUAAACAAGAGGUAAAACCGGAGGAUAAAUAUGAACCAGAGUUCUGUUUGGAGGAUGAUGAGAGUAGUGAAAGCAGACAUAUGAAUGAUGAAAAACGGGAUAAUUUCUUAAACUGGGACCAACACGGUGUCAAACGGGAGCAAACUAGCUCCCAAAGCGACGAGGAACCCGACUCGAAGAGGGAACGUAGAAGGAAGAAGAAAUCACGCUGGGGUGAAGACCCGCCUGCGGCAGAUAUCAAGCCCCCAGGUCUGAUGGCGCCACUACCGACUGCAUUACCCACAGGUCCUAAAUUAGCUAAAAUUGAUGAAGAUGGAUUAAAACUAACAAAUGUGAAUCGUAACAAUCAAGCCUUGAUGCAAUAUGCGGUAACAAACUAUGGAACUACUAAUCUGAGUCCUGAGGAUUGGAAGAAGUGUGAAGACAACUUCAAACUUAAUCUUUUAUAUCAGGACAUGUUGAAGAAAAGACAAGAAGUAGAACGGUUAGCAGCUGCUGGAAAACAUAAAUAUGAGUAUGACAGUGAUGAAGAUACCUCAGAAGGCACAUGGGAGCACAGGUUACGUGCGAGAGAGAUGAAUGCGACUGAGAGGUGGGCAACCGAACUGACGAAACAGGCUGCCGGGAAGCAUCACAUUGGAGAUUUUCUACCACCAGAGGAACUGAAAAAAUUCAUGGAAAAGUAUUCAGCAUUCAAAAGUGGCAAGGAGCCAGAUUUGAGUGAUUACAAAGAAUUUAAACUAAAGGAGGACAACGUUGGUUUCAAAAUGCUCCAAAAACUUGGCUGGAGCGAGGGCCAAGGACUUGGUGCAGAAGGCACUGGAAUAGUUGAGCCUGUGAACAAGGCAAAUCAGCCUGUUGCGAACCUUGGUCUUGGGGCAUCAGCAUCAGAUAUCGUGUCGCCCCAAGAUGACGAGUUUGACGCUUACAGGAAAAGAAUGAUGCUUGCAUAUAGAUUCAGGCCAAAUCCAUUGAACAAUCCAAGAAGACCUUAUUACUAAGAAGAUUUUAGUCCUCUUUUAGACAAUGUAGUUAAUAUUACAAUGUAUGAAUAAUGCUUUUAUUGUGUCCUUUCAUUAAUCUGUAUAGAUAGACAAAUGUAUCUACUCUAAGAUUAUAAUUGUUAAAUGGUAACACGAAUUUUAAUGUAGUUGUCACAAUAUUGUUAAUAUAACAAAUAUUAUUUGGAAAUUAUAACAAACUGUAACAUAUACCAAUCUGACAAUUAUUAAAACUGUUGUUUUAUGCGCAAUGGUUAUGGUAAAAGGUAUGACAGUUUUAUUGUGUACUAUACAUAUACAAACCAUAAUUGGGUAGGUCAAUGCACAUUUAAAAUAGAAAAAAAUGUUUACACAGUCUUUAGUAUUUACACAAAGCUGUGUAUUCCGAAGAAAAUUUGACUGCCAAACGAUUUUCUAAGAUUGUAAGACUGGUAUGACAUAAGCGAGACUUUAUAAUGCGCUGUUAAUUAUAUAUAAUAAUAUCAGAAAAAAAUAAUUGGUGUUUUGUCAUUCCAAUGUAUUAUCUCCACGUCAUUGUACUGUGAUUAGAUUUGGCGUAAUGGACUUUAAUCUACAAAAACUUCCGCAUUUAUGAUUUGAGAAGUUUGCAAAAGAGAACUUAUUGUAAAAUGGUAAUAAAUUAAGCCACAUGUUAAUCGGGGCCCUCCCUCAUUUGUUGCCAAAGUGUGUCAUUCUAUAAGAUGGGAUUGGAGGAGUCGCAAAGUUCGAGUAAAAAAUCAUUGAAUCUAGGACCUUAUCCCUGUAGGGUUUGUGAAAUCACAUUUCAAUUAUUACUGACAGUGGUGUUACGUAAUUUAUCUAUGGCUCCAAGUAAUGUUUUCCUAUUAUAGGAAAAUUAAUUUAAGUAUUUACAAUAUCUCUAUAAGUAAUUAAACUAAUACAUACUAUUUUGCGUAACUUUUUGAAACACGUAAUGGCUAAUAGAAUACAUAGCACAUUAUUAGGAUAUGUUUAGUUUAUAAACUUAAUUUUUAAAUUCCGCAUUAUCUGUUGUUACC